AUGGACGUCAACAGGAAGCAGUACCUUCAAACAAUCGCCCCGGAAAUUCUAACCAGUAUUGCGACUCUCCUUUCGUGUGCUGAUAUCAACGCUGUGCGCCUUUGCUGCAAACAGCUUGACCACGUACUUGGUCCCAAAAAUGCGUCCCUAUGGAAGACCAAAUUUCUUGAAAUCUUCGACCAUCCCAUGCAGACACCGGGGAACUGGUAUAGCCAUCUCGCCGAGCGGUUACGGAAACCCGACAAGCACCCCUACGAUAUAGGGGUACUACUCACCAUUUUCCGCGAGUCCACCACCCCCAAAAAUGGAACCUUCCUGAACAAAACUAUCGUUGAUCGGGACUGGGUCGGCAAGGUCAAACUGCCCUUGAGUGGGAAUGUUGAUCACGGUCUUCGACUAUUGCAAAUAUUUACCGGCUUUCCUCUUGCGCUACCAUUGCAAAAAAUGGCCUUGUCAGAGCUGGACCCGGAAUUCUUCGAUGUGCCCCAAUGGGAGGUCCUAUACGCUAUCACAGCCUAUUGCCACUCUAAAAUUCACAAUUUUAGCACGUUGGUCACCCUUGAACCUGCGAUCCAAGACUGGUGGGAGUGCUGUCUCGGAUUUUGGUGUGGCAUUAACGUUGCGUUGAAACCAGAGGCAGAUUUCCCAAGUCCUUCAUUUGUGUUAGACCUCCGUGAGAAGGAAGUCAAAGAGCACGCUCUGAAUGUCGAGGGGCGAUAUCGUGAGGAGUCAUGCGAGCCAUCGAAUGAGCCAUGGUGUGCUGUGAAGGGUCAGAUACGACUAUUUGAAGAGGAGGGUGUCGUAUAUUGGGAUCUCAGAAUCCAUGAUGAAAGGAAGGCGGGCGGAUUUUCUCUAAUUGGCUAUCAGCCUGCACCAGGUCGAGUGGUGGUGUCUGGUCUUAGUGGGCUAUUCGAUUCGGACGGUGACUAUGAGAGCAGAAUCUUUUCAUUUUGGCCGGCAAAGCAGAAAGAGGCUGUCCAGGACACCUGGUUCACGCAUCGAGAAGUCGAGCCCCAAAGCAUUUGGAAUGAUUCGGAGCAGUCGGAAUAG